CACAGUGUCAAGAAGAAUGAGUGUUUUAUACAUGUAUAUAAAGCAGAUUUUGUGUUUUUAUCACAGUGUCAAGAAGAAUGAGUGUUUUAUACAUGUAUAUAAAACAGAUUUUGUGUUUUUAUCACAGUGUCAAGAAGAAUUAUUAUCUUUUGUAUUUGUUUAACUUCAUGUCUACAGAAAAAAGGACAAGUUUUAUUUUUUUGCUUGUAAGCUAACAAAACAAAAAUAUAUUCAAUGUUUUUACUUCACAAAUAUAUUAUAUAAAUGGAUGAUGUAAAGAGGUUUCAUAUUUCCAGUAUUUCUCCUUCAAAGUAGUAACAUGGGUGAUGCUUUGUUAAGUGGAACUUUUAUUUCAAAUGGAGAAGAAAUGAUUUAAAUGCUGCUAUUCUAAGUGUUUAUGUUAUGGACUUGCCAUUUGCACUUUAGCCGACAAGUAUAAGCUGAAUCGCUUCAUCCAGGAAUGGUGUUAAAGAUCUUCAAAUUAUUUCUCAAGGGUCAGAAUUCAAUGGUUUCAUUGUAGUGUUCAGCUGAAAAAUUGUCCAUUUUAACUGAUCAAAUGUGUUUUGUAAACUUUACUAUUUACAAAUGUGAUAAUACUGAUUUACAUAGAACUUCACAGAUGAUAUAUUAGGUGCUUCCCAGUUUAUUCUGUUGUUUUUUUAAAUUUAUUAGUGUUGGAAGAUUAAAAGAAAUGUGAUUUCUAGAUUUGCUAUUUUAUCUGCCAGAAAGUGAUAAGAUUUUAUUCUACUGUUAUAAGACUGUCUAAAAGGCAUAUUUCUGAGACUUGAAGCCAAGAACUAAACCUAUAUUUAUCUGUUCAGUUUUUUUACUGAAAGUGACUGUGGUGACUCCCAGUUUGUGCUGGAACUGAAGUGAAUUUUACAGCAGUGGAUUCUCGUAUUAAAAAGUCUGUGCAGAGAAGGCUGGAGUGGUGAAUGUAUUGAAUAGAAGACUAUAGGAACGUGAAACAUUGUGCAAGGAGACACACCAGCAUAUUGUGUGUAAUUUUUGGCUCAUUGUGCUCUUGAUGUGUUCUACGUGGGUUGGAUAGAAAGCCGUGGUCCUGAUGGUGGCCGUGUGUCUGGUCGAACUUGUUUUAACAUGGUCAGUAAAUGCUCAUUUGGGUAUAAUUUGGACUCUUUGUGUGAAUAUUAAUGACUUCCUUUCGUUGGAACUAUAUGAAUGAUAGCCUGAGGUCUGACGUAUUUGUUCGAUACCAUCCAGAAAGUAUAGCUUGUGCCUGUAUUUAUCUAAGUGCCAGGUUGUUGCAAAUUCCUUUGCCUAGUAAACCAGCGUGGUACUUGAUUUUUGGUGUGAUUGAAAAGGACAUUAAAGAUAUCUGUUUGACAAUACUUGCUUUGUACACAAGAAGAAAGUCUGAUCCAGACCGUUUGGAAAAAAUUGUGGAUGAACUGAAAAAAGCUCAACUUGAAGCAAAAUUACAAGCUAAAGGAAUAUCUGGCAACACUACACCUAUACUAAAUAAUGCUAGCUUUUCUCCUGGUUCAAAAAACAAUUCUCCAGGACAUGGGCAGUCACCAGUUGUAAAUACUAAAGAAAACUCCAAUGGAAAUGAAGUUCUUUGAAAUUUAAGAAAGAAAACAAUCAUGUAAACUCGAGAAAGAGAAGCCCAUGCAGUCCCCCUAAAAGUUACCCAAAGAAAGGCAAAGGAAGCUCCUCUGGUAGUCAGUCGGGAAGUCCCAGUCCAAAACUGAGAGGGAAGACACCACCUAGAAGUUACAAAAAUCCAGAUAGGCCACACUCCCGUUCUAGGUCAAAACACCGGCCUUCUCACAAACCAAAAAGGAGUCGAUCGUCCAGUCGAACUCCUCGCAAGCACCUAAAGAAAAGUUACAAACGAUCUCUAGACAGAAAUCAUCAUCAUUCUACUUCAUCUCAUAAAUCAAGAAAGGAAAAGUCCAAAGAAGUAAAGUUGCGCAGAAGUCGAUCUAGAGAACGUACUAGAAGAUAGUUAAUACCAUCCGUUUAAUUCUGCCAGAGUUUUGUUGUACAAAUCAUGACAUUAUUUGUGUGUAAUAUUGUGUUUAAUGAAAUAAAAGUUUGUAUUGUU